GUUGCUCCAUCUUGUCAAAUUGGACAGUGGUGAUGUGUUUUGGAUUUGCCGAUUAUAUAUUUUCUUUAGCAAAAUACCUCGUUUUACAAGAUAACUCCUGAAAUAAUCAGGGAACUGAAUAAUUUACUAGUGCAAUAGAUACUUUUCUUCAGAACAAUGACGAAGUUACUCGAGUGGGUUUCAGUGCUUUCAGCGUUUGUCGCAGUAUGGUACUCCUUAGUCGCUGGUUAUGUUAAACAUCCAAUGAUUGAGAAAAACAUGACGUUGGUACUUGUAUCUCCUGUAAUAUUCGUAAUACUUUUUGGAUUGUAUGCCGUGACUGUGAUACUAUAUCGAGUAUUCACGUUUAAUAAUUGUGAAGAAGCAGCCAAGGAGUUGCAAGAAGAAAUUAAACAGGCUAGACGAGACUUACAAGAAAAGGGUCUUAGGUGGUGAUCAUUCAUUCCGUUGUAGACAUAUAACUAAGUAACAUUUUUUACUGUAAUUAUAUAUUGUUUAUUUAAAAGGUGUAUUAUUGGGUGGACCUUUCAAUUAAGUAACUAUUAUCACUUUUACACACAAUAAUAUGUCAUUGAAAUGCUUUUAACUUUUAACCCGUAUAUCCCCAAGUGGUCACUGGUGACCGCUCUCCACUAACUACAUUAUAGACCUUAUUUCCAAUGUUUAGAGA